GCCGUGGGAGCCCCCAAUUCUCCCUCUUCCUCCCUCCUCCCACCCAACAGCAGUUUGAUUAAUGACUCUCCAGGCAGGAAAGGGGCUGCAACCCUGAGAAGGGGACCUUCAGGUAGUUAGUUGCGGAUUUCCCAGUCCUCUGCAACUGUAGGUGGAUGGAGAGAGACUUCUCACUUACAAACAGAGCAGACCAUCAGUGAUUAAUAAAAAAGAGUUUCAGCGGCCAGACCGAGGCUCCAGCAGAAAGAACUGCAAUGUGAGGAGCCAGCAGACUGACCCGACCCUCGCAGAGCACACGCUAGCUAGGACAGACUAGCAGCGACCUAGGACGAACCUGCAGCGCCCAAGCUGCGCCUUCUCCGCUCCCUUCUAGGGAAGCCGCGCGCCCGACGGCUCCGGGAAGAAAGGUUGCAGUUUGCAGGUAGCUGAAGUACUUCAGUGCCCGAGAAGACACCCAUGGACUGCAACAGCAGCGGCUCUGGAAGCAGCCAGCCCAACUCCAGCCCUGAGCCCGAUCCGCCGCUCCCCACCACAGCCGCAGCUUGCAGUUCUCCGGCCGUGCCCGGGCCCGGGCCCCGGGCAGGGAGCGGGAGGCCGGCGGCUGCGAAUGCUGCCCGGGAGCGUAGUCGAGUGCAGACUUUGCGGCACGCUUUCCUGGAGCUUCAGAGGACCCUGCCCUCUGUGCCCCCAGACACCAAGCUCUCCAAGCUCGACGUGCUGUUGCUGGCCACCACCUAUAUCGCCCACCUCACCCGCAGCCUUCAGGACGAGGAGGAUGCGCCCUCAGACCCGGGGCUGGGCGCUCUGCGAGGAGAUGGCUACUUGCAUCCCGUCAAGAAAUGGCCCAUGCGAUCAAGAUUAUACAUUGGUGCUACAGGCCAAUUUCUGAGUCAUUCUGUGCUGGAAGAAAAACCCAACCCGGGAGAUGCCCCAGCAGACUCACAACCUUAGUCUCCCUUCUGCUCUGUAAAGUAGCAAGAAACUUCUAUUUAUUAGAAAGAUGUAUUGAAUACAUAUCUUCAGACAAUAGCAAUUAUAAUUUCUCUAAGUUUUUGAAUGAUAUUACAUACCAGUGCUCUAUUUUUUGUUUCCAAGCUAAGUAGAUGUGAAAUUAAAUCAUUAUUCUAAUAAAAUCCUCUAUUUGGUGUUAGCCACCAUAACCUAGUACAAUACACAGCAUUUACAAAGCAACUAAGAUUCAUAUACAAUGAAAUAUGUAUUUAUUUGUAUGUGUAUAUGUUAUACAUAUACACACACAAAUUCCACUAUUAUAUAUGACAAAUAAAAAUUUGUUGUGUUUACUCAAUGACAAGCUGUGUCCAUAGUUCACUAACAUUCUAAUUUUUUUGAAGAAUGAUUAUUGGCUGUGAGUGAUCCAGUAAAAUAUUUCAAUCAAAUACGAUAUAGAAAUCAGUUAGUUCGUUAUAGCUGGGCAUAUUUGAAGUGAAAAAAAAUUUCAGGUCUAAUGAGAACACAGAGAUCUCCAUCUCUAGCUGUUUCUCCCAGUGAAAACCCACCAUGCUGUCUAGGCGGCAGUUUGGUGAUGUUCCCAGUGGCUUCAUGGAUAGUUUCCUAUCUUUCCAAGUGGUCAAAGCUCCAUACCAUCGUGAGUUCUACUUUGUGGCGUUGACUAUAUAACAUUCUCUUCCUUCUUAAUAGUUCCAUCCCUCCUGAUCCUAUUUCCCUGAGGUUCUCCUAGAGAAGGUGGAUUUAGAUGCAGGAGGCCCUGCCUGGGGACCCCCCCCCCCCAGUCUGGAACUUCCCUGGAGUCUGGAUCUAAUGAAGUAUAAGACUUUUACUAUCUACUCUAGACACAAAAGGGCCCUGGGCAAAAUUGUGACAAAGGGAAAGUUUGUCUUUGGCAUUUAACCACUACCCUACCCCACCCCACCCCCAAAAAUGAAUACUUAAUAUUAAGAUGUCAGGCAUCAGAGGGAAAGGUGCUUGGAGAAUCCCUUAAAACAUAACAGGUAAAAGACUCCUAAGUUACUUGUAAUAAGGCAGGCAGGUUCUUGUAAUGGUUGGUCCAGGUAGAAAAGUACUAGAAAUGACCCACUCUCUUGAGGAUGUUUCGAACCCUUUAAAGCAGGGCUAGGACCUUGCUUUGGUACUUACUACAUAGUAAAUGCUCGAUUAAAACUUACAGAUGGGGGCAAUUAGGUGACAUAGGGGAUAGAGCACCAGCCCUGGAGUUAGAAGGACCUGAGUUCAGAUCCAGCCUCAGAUACUUUACACUUACUAGCUGUGUGACCUUGGCCAAGUCACUUAACCCCAAAUGCCUUGGGCCUCCCCCUCAAAAAAAAACUUGCUGAUAAAUUUAUUGAUUUGAUAGGUCUCCAGUUUUUAAUCUGUAGACUCUCCUGUCAUUUGUGUAGGUCAAAACCCACCUAGGCCUUCUCAGUCUAUGUAAUUCUUGUCCAGAAUGUCCCAUUAACCUUCCACAUAAUAUCAACCCAACAGGCUAAAUUGUUGAUAGUUUUUAGUAUUCAAAUUAGGCAAAGUUGGUGGGUAGUCAAUAAGCAUUUAUUAAGAGCUCACUAGCUGCUAGAUACUGUGCUAAACUCUGGGAAUAUAAAUACAAGCAAAUAGACAGUUCCUGCCUUCAGUGAGCUCAUAUUCAAAUAGGGGAAGACAACCCAUAGAUGGAAAUUGUAACAUAGGGAACAAGGACAGAGAAGGUCCUUGCAGAGGCGGUAUGGUGAAGAAAGAAGCCAGAGAGUCGAGAGCAUGACCUGGAAAGGAAUGAAAGAGUGAACAUGGCUGGCUUGGACAUGUUCCUUAACAUGGAGGUCCCUCAAAGAACUGACCAAUCAGAUGAAGGGAACAUGGGGGUAUGAUCUCCCUAGGUAAAAAGGCUGCAAGAUUGUUGUUCAGAAAGAAGUCUGGAGAGUCAGGAGUGGGGCCCAGGGAGGAAUGAAGGAAUGUACCAAUACUGCCCACUGAGGCUGCCCACCCCUUGUCUGUAAUUUUCCAAACAUCACCAACCCACCUCCUUUCAUACAAAUCCUUCAUAGUGUCUUUUAUAUACCAAGUGGUUAUGGGUACUAUGACUUUCUGCAUGCCACCAUACAGUUUUCCAUCACAAACUGUUAUUUGUACUUGUAACUCUUUCCAGAUUCUGUUUUUCCAUGAUUCCAAGAACCCCUAAGAACAGAUUUUAAUCCGCCAAGAUAUGAAUUCAAGUGCAUGGAAUGACCUCUAAGCUGUCAGUGGCCAACCUGCUUCUGAGAUUGACUUGCUAGGAUAAUGGGAGCUGUCAUAUUGUGAUGUAGCAGUUCUGUGUCAAUCAGCUCACUGGUUUCAAUUUUCUACCGGACCAAGAGAAGGAUCAGAACCAGAAAAUAGAGUCUCAUAACCUGAAAAGAGCUGAGAUAAUAAGAAAAA